AUGGGUACACCUACAACACCACGACAGGAAAGGAAUAGACCGGCAGCUACCCCGGAUUUUAGUAUGGACUAGCUGUGACGAAUCGUGCGCAAAGGCGAUAUCCGCGGAGCAAAUGAGGUCGAUCACACGAAUAGGUACGUUUGGCCUCUGCGGAGUGCUCCCUCGUAUGCUUUGCCGGCUGUCGCAAGCCCGCCUGCAGCGGCUGGACCCUUCCGUGUUGAUAUAUGGAGGAACGUCACUCACCUCAGUAUGCCUUCCGUCGACCUUCCCUAAUCGAUCACGAUGGAGUCCAUGCCAGAUACACCGCACCUAUUAGCUCUCCUGACACCCUUCAACCUCAUCCUCGCCGCCAUCUCCCUCCCCAUCAUAUCAUUGACCUACCAAAUAAUAUACUACCGCUUCUUCCAUCCCCUCCGGCACUUCCCCGGCCCCUUCUGGGCCUCCGUAACGCGCCUCUGGAUCGCAUACCACAACAUACUCGGCGAUGAAUGCGAAACCGAGCUCGCGCUGCACAAGAAAUAUGGCCCGGUUCUGCGCAUCACGCCCACGCUGCUGCUCGUCUCGGACGCGACCAAACUUCCCGAGGUGUACAACCGCCAGGCAAAUAAGUCGAACCACUACAUCACUGGCAGCUUCGGCGAGCAGGAGAGCCUGUUUAACAUGAGAGAGCACAAGGUGCAUGCUCAUUUCCGCAAGAUCGCGGCAGGGCCGUAUGCGUUUAGCAAUAUCAAGAAGAUGGAGCCGCUGGUUGAUCUAAGGAUUGGGCAGUGGCUUGAGAGACUAUCUGGCCUUUUUUCGGAGAAGAACCAGGAAUUCGACUUCGCCCCCUGGGCCGUCUUCAUGGCCUACGACAUCAUCAGCGAAAUCGGGUUCGGCGCGCCCUUCGGCUUCAUCGAAAGCGGGACCGACGUCGGCGGCCUGAUUCAAGGCUUCCACGACGGACUCCUCCCCUUCGGCCUCAUGGCGCGGCUCUGGCCGUUCACGAACUUCAUCAAGAAGACGCCGCUCGGCAAACACCUCGUCGCGAAGCCAGAGGACAACUCCGGCAUUGGCAUGCUCAUGCGCUUUCGGGACAAGCUGCUCAUGCAGCGCUUGAAAGAUGUGGAGGAGGGUAAGAUCGAGAGGGUAGAUCUGCUGCAGACAUUUAUUGAUGCGCGGGAUGACGAGGGGAAGCCGCUGGAGAUUGAUUACAUCAAGGCGGAGAUCUUGCUGGUGCUGUUGGCGGGCGCGGAUACCACGGGUACGGCGUUCCAGGCGAUGAUGGCGUAUAUCAUGGGCAAUGAGGGCGUGUACGAGAAGAUGAUGAAAGAGAUCGAUGAGUGUACUGAAAAGGGCCUAUUAAGCAAGAUGCCGCAGUACGACGAGGUUUUGGAGCAUUGUCCAUAUUAUGUGGCUUGCGUAAAGGAGAGUAUGCGACUCUGUCCCUCGGCACCGAAUAUCUUUCCCCGCGUCGCCGGCCCAUCUGGACUCCGACUUAAUGGCCAGUUUGUUCCACCUAAUACUGAGAUCACUUGCAAUCCUUGGCUUGUCCAUCGCGACAGCAACGUCUACGGGCCUGAUUCCUGCGAGUUCCGCCCGGAACGGUGGCUGGGUGAUGAAGAAGACGUGAAGCUGUACAACAAGUACAACAUGGCUUUCGGUUACGGAGCGCGCGUGUGUCUUGGGAAAGAUAUUGCGCUAAUGGAGUUGUACAAAGCACCGCUUCAGUUUUUCCGGAUGUACCGACCUGUAGUGAAUAAACAAAAGCCAGGACGUUUCGUGGUCAAAGGUGGGGUGGGAUUCUGGGAGGAUAUGUGGUUGAGAAUCGAAAGGCGAGAGAAGGCCUAGGUCAGUGCGAGGUAUCAUGUGUACACCACGUGAAUGAUAUGGUCCAGAAAUGAACACUCAUGACGUUUGCCAGCUCGUUCAAACUCACUGGUAAGGGAAGCUUGUUGGGAUAUUACACGCUCGUGAAGAACAGGCAUU